UGUAAGCUCUUGCUCAGUUUGCAUCAAUUCUCUCUUUCACACACACACCCACAUCAAAUUUUGCAAACUCUUGUUCAGUUUGCAUCAGUUCUCUCUCUCACACACAUCCACAUAGCAAAUUUUGCAAACUCUUAUUAAGAAAGUGUUUGCAGAAACAGAUCUUCUUGGAAAAGCAGACAAGCUUAGUCUCUGGAGUUUUGUUUUUGACAGGGAACUGUGUUAUUGAAGUUAAAGCCGAGUAGGGAAGAAUAAAGUGAAAGAAGCAAACAGUUGUGUUUGAGGUGCCUCCAAAGAAUUAGGAGGUGAAGGAAGCGAUCCAGUGAAGAAGGAAUAAAGGCGCUAACGAGGUUGCUCGUGGGGAAGAACGACGACUGUGUAGUUGUUGAGUCUGAAGAGAAGGAUGAUGACAAAAAUUCAGACAGCAUUGUUGAAGAUGAAGAUAGAGAAACAGAGGAUUCAGCAGCUGUGGAAGUUGAAUCCAGUCCCAGCAAAAAGGGAGCUCCCGGCAGCACACUCGCAUCACACACAAACAGCCCCUUUGCCUCCCAACUCUCCCCAUUCUCAUCAACUGCACCUUCCUCUUCAUCCACCCCCAUUCUGCGGCUCCCCAUCUGAUGCGCCUGAGCAAUACGUCGUCCACGCCCUCGACAUCGCCCUCGGCCCCUCCCCCGCCACCACGGUGUCGAGAAACUCCUCCACGGCUGCCCAUACAACCGCAGACGACCUGGGGCGGCCCAUAACGCUGGAUCAGAGCAUGGGGUUGGCUUCAACCUAUUCUUCAAAGCAUGAAUUAGCUUGUUGGGCUUAUGUGGAAACUGAGUUGAGAUGGGCCUUGAUGAUUCAAGCCCAUUAAAAUUUCUAUGUAUUGAUCCACCAAAUGGGAUUAAAUAUUAAGGGAAGUAGAGGGUCUUUUUAGGCCGCAUCUUUUCGAGCAAUAAUAUUAGUUAAAAAUGUUAAUCUAGUGGGUCCAAAUAGAAUAUUACUGGUUUUUAUUUCAUUCACUAAACUCACGCCGUAACUGCAAAUAAUUAUAAUAGUGUAAACACUCGGGCAUGUAUCUUAUCAAUUAUGCAAAGUAAAUUUCAAUAUAUCAAUUUAACUUGCCCAAUCCAAUUCUGGCCACUCUAUAUAUAUACUCCAUUUCAACAUACAUUGGACUUCUAAUAGAGGCCCAAUUUCUCUCUCUACCUGAAUUAAACUUGACAAGCCCAACCCAAGAAUAGAGAAGGCCUCUCUCUUAUUCAAAAUUUCCAAGGUAUAGCUUGGUGCUGCGGAGGAGAUGAUUAUCAUUAUUAUUAUAUUAAUUUUUUUUUUUUUUGAGGAGAUGAUGAGUUACAAGCUUGAACAAGUAUGUGUUUGCAGAAACAGAUCUUCUUAGAAAAGCAAACAAGAUAGAGGAGUUGCAGCUUAGUCUCUGGAGUUUUGUUUUUGACAGGUAACUGUGUUUUUGAAGUUAAAGCCGAGUAGGGAAGUUAUCAGCACAAAGAAUGGAAGGAGGAGCUGCUGCUGCCGUUGAAGUUCUACUUCAAAACUUCAUCGACCUUUCCAAGAAAGAGAUCUCUCAAAUCCGAGGUCUCGACAAAGAUGCAGCAAAGCUAGCUGGGAGUCUCGACGUGAUCAAAAAUUUCUUGAAGGAUGCCGAGACGCGUGAGAUCACCAGUGAUGCUGUCAAGAGCUGGCUGAAGAAACUUGAAAACGAGGCGUUCGAUGCUGACAAUGUUUUGGAUGAACUCAACUAUCAUAUUCUCUCCAAACAAAUUAAGGCCACCAAAUCCAUGAAGGCGAAGGUACUAUCAUGCUUCUCAUCACCCUUCAAUUCUAUUGCGCGUCCAAGAAAAAUGGCCGUUAAAAUCCAAGAAAUCAAUGAGAAUUUGGAGUCUUUUAAGAAAGAGGCCACCGAGCUUGGCCUCGUAGCGAAGCUUGAAAAUGAGCCCACCUUGGUUAAUACUUCUAUUUUUGAAACUGAUUCAUUCACUCUCGAUCCAAUUUUUAUUGGAAGAGAUGAUGUUGAGUCGGAAAUAGUUGAGAUGCUUAUAAAUGGCAUCACAACUGAUGAACGUGCAGUUUCCAUCCUUCCAAUUGUGGGGAUGGGGGGAUUGGGGAAGACGACAUUGACUAGGAAAGUCUUCAAUCGUCUCAAGGAUGAGAGUCGGUUUGGAUCGCAUUUGUGGGUGCAUGUUUCCCCAAAUUUUGAUGCAAUAACUCUUUUCAAGAAAAUUCUCAAUAACUUGACAUCUUGUCAAGUUGAAAUUGCGAGCAGGGAAGAUAUUCUUGCAAAGCUUAAAGAAGCUUUGAAAGAUAAAACUUAUCUUCUUGUGCUUGAUGAUGUAUGGAACCAAGAUGGUUUGAAAUGGGAAGAUUUUCUGAAUUCUUUUUUGGGAGUUAGUUGUGUCAAGGGAAAUGCCAUCGUUGUUACUACCAGAAAUAUGGAGGUGGCUUCAAUUGUGAAUACACUUCAAAUACAUGAGUUGAAAGGCUUAUCGGAGGAAGAGUGUUGGUCGAUAAUCAGAGCAAAAGCCUUCGGAAAAAAAGAUGUUCCAUCAGAAUUUGAGGCCAUUGGGAGAAAGAUAGCAAGAAGGUGUCAAGGUUUGCCAUUAGCUGCCAACAUAGUUGGGGGAGUGCUACGCAAUAAAUCCGAGGAGAAAUGGCGUUCAAUCGAAGAGAAAUGGCUUUCAGCCGAUGAAGGAGGAGAUAAUAUCACAAAUAUAUUGAGACUGAGCUUCGAUAAUUUAUCUUUGCCAUCACUUAAGAAGUGCUUCGCAUACUGUGCGAUGUUUCCUAAAGGCUCCAAAAUCAUCAAACAAGAACUGAUUGAGUAUGCGAUGUUUCCUAAAGGCUACUACAUCAAGAAACAAGAACUGAUUGAGAUGUGGAUGGCAGAAGGUUUUCUUCAAGCUGAUGAAAGGGAUGAGAUGGAGUCCGUGGGCGAAAAAUUUAUCAACGUUCUUCUGCACAACUCUUUACUGCAAGUUUCAGAGAGAGAUGAUGAUGGAAAUGUAGAAAGUUGUGGCAUGCACGAUCUUGUGCACGAUCUGGCUUGUUCUGUUUCAAGUUCCUCUAACAGUACAGGUGGUAGCAGCCGAGUUCGAUACAUGAUUCUCGGAGACAACUAUUGUGGAGACGAAUCAAGUCGUAUCCCAAAAGAAAUGGCAAAGUCUUUGCGUACAUUACUAUUCAAAGGUGAUAUUUCUGAUAUCAACUUCUCAGACUUGGAAAGUUUACAUGUUUUACAUCUUCACUCUGAAGUUAAAAAGCUGCCAAGUUCGAUUCGGAAGUUGAUACAUUUGAGAGAUUUUGACAUUUCAAAGACAAGAAUUAGAUAUUUGCCGGAUUGGAUUGGUGAAUUCUUUCACUUGCAGACGUUGAGAGUAGACACAGGAUGUUUGGAGAAACUGCCAAGUACGAUUAAGUACUUGAUUAACUUGAGGCAUCUUUAUAUUAAUGAGAAUGUAGAGUUGCCUAUGGGAAUUGGGAGAUUAACUUCUCUCCAAACGCUAAAGUACUUUCCACUGGGCAAAGAGAAUGGCUGCAAGAUUGAAGAGCUGGGAAGUUUGAAUAAUCUUAAAGGAGAGUUGCGGAUUCUGAAUGUCGAUAGCAUUCAUGACAAGGAAGAGGCUGGGAAAGCCAAUUUAUUCAAAAAGUCAAAAAUAUUGAACUUGCGUUUGAAAUGGAAUUGGAGAAGAGAAGGUGGAACAAAUGAUGAGGAUGUAUUGGAAGGCCUCCAGCCUCACUCAGAUCUGAGGGAGUUAACUAUCCAGCAAUACAAAGGCAAAAGAUUUCCAUUAUGGACUGAGAAGAUGUCAGUUCGAGAUGCGCCUCAAGGCUCUUGGGUGCUACUUAACAACUUAAUGUCGUUAUCACUCCAUUACUGCGAAGAAUGUGAAGAGAUCCCAAGUUUGGGGCAGUUGCCCAAUCUCAAGUCCCUUGUGUUGGGAGGAUUGAGCAAUUUGAAGUGUAUAAAUUCAUCAUUCUACGGAAUGGUGAACAAGGACACACGCAUUGUUUUUCCAGCUCUCGAGAAGUUCACAUUGGAACACAUGCCUAAGCUGGCAGAGUGGGCAGAAAUAGAAAUUUCGGAUGGAAGUGAAGUGAAGCUAUUUCCUCGCCUCCAACAUUUGUUAAUUUAUGAUUGCCCGCAAUUGAUGAGUGUUCCAAGUUUGGGGCAGUUGCCCAAUCUCAAGUCCCUUGUAUUGGGAAGAUUGAGCAAUUUGAAGUGUAUAAAUUCAUCAUUCUACGGAAUGGUGAACAAGGACACACGCAUUGUUUUUCCAGCUCUCGAGAGCUUCAAAUUGUCUUCAAUGCCUAAGCUGGCAGAGUGGGCAGAAUUAGAAAUUUGGGAUGGAAGUGAAGUGAAGCUAUUUCCUCGCCUCCAACAUUUGCACAUUGAGAAUUGCCCGCAAUUGAUGAGUGUUCCAAGUCAUGUCUCGUCAUGCCUUAAACGUCUGUGGAUUGAGGAUAUCGGUGUGGAAUGUCUGCCAGCUGAUUGGUUAUUGAGUAACAGCGAGACUCUCUCUCGUUUGUGGAUAGGUUGGUGCCGGAAUUUGAGAGAAAUAUCAGAUAGGUGGGGAGAAGAAGAAUCAGAAGGAAGAAGCUUCACAAUCACAUUCCUCCCUAUAUUCCCUCGUCUAACAGAAUUGCAAAUUUUUGGUGUUCCUAAGUUAAGUGUGGAGACUGUGGAUGCAAUGCGGCGCCUCCGAAUUGAUGGCUACAAACACAUUAACCCCUCCCGGCAGCACACUCGCAUCACACACAAACAGCCCCUUUGCCUCCCAACUCUCCCCAUUCUCAUCAACUGCUCCUUCCUCUUCAUCCACCCCCAUUCUGCAGCUCCCCAUCUGAUGCGCCGAGCAAUACGUCGUCCACUCCCUCGACAUCGCCCUCGGCCCCUCCCCCGCCACCACGGUGUCGAGAAACUCCUCCACCUCCCUCUCCCCGACCCCCUCGCACCUCAACCUCUGCCCGUCGCUCUGAUGCGUGCUCACCUCGACCGCCCCGGCCGCCACCAGUAUCCUCAGCGCCCGGCGCAGCCCCGCCCUCAUGUUCUCCCUGUCGUGAUCGUCAGAAACAUCGUACUUGAUCCGGCCCCGCCUCAUGACCUCCCCGGCUCCCCUGUCUCUGAUCAUCGAGAACAGGUGAGCCGUCCGGGAGUAUCUCGUCAACCUCUUCUUCACCUCCGCCCCCAACUCCCACGGGCACAGGGCCGCGAUCGACCCUGGCCCGAGGAUCGGGGACUCUAUGAUGGCUCUUACACUACCAUCAUCAGCAACCACUUUGUGCAGAGACGUGAUGAUGCAGUAACAUUAUUCAAGGAGAAGUGGAUCCUACUCAGUUAUCAGCUAGCACAAAGCAUGGAAGCAGCAGCUGCUACCGCCGUCCUUAAAGUUCUAGUCGAAAAACUCAUCGACCUCCCCAUGAAAGAGAUCUCUCAAAUCCGAGGUUUCCGCAAAAAUGCAGAAAAGCUAGCUGGAAGUCUCGACAUGAUCCAGAAAUUCUUGCACAAUGCUGAGAUGCGUGCCAUCACCAGCGAUGCUGCUGUCAAGAGCUGGUUGAAGAAGCUUGAAGACGUGGCGUUCGAUGCUGACAAUGUUUUGGAUGAAAUCAACUAUCAUAUUCUCUCCAAACAAAUUAAGGCCACCAAACCCAUGAAGGCGAAGAUAUUAUCAGGCUUCUCAUCAUCCGUCAAUUCUAUUGCGCGUCCGAGAAAUAUGGCUGUUAGAAUCAAGAAAAUCAAUAAGAAUUUGAAGUCCAUUAAGAAAGAGGCCACCGACCUUGGCCUCGUAGUGAGGCUUGCCAUUGCCAAUGAGCCCACUUUGGUUGAUGCUUCUUUGGAAACUGAUUCGUACACUCUUGAUCCAAUUUUUAUUGGAAGAGAUGAUGCUGUGUCGGAAAUAGUUGAGAUGCUUACCAAUAGCAUCACAAGUGAUGAAUGCGCAGUUUCCAUCAUUUCCAUUGUCGGGAUGGGGGGAUUGGGGAAGACGACAUUGACUAGGAAAGUUUUCAAUCAUCUGAAGGAUGAGAAUCAGUUUGGAUCACAUAUUUGGGUGCAUGUUUCCCGAAAUUUUGAUGCAAAAACUCUUUUGAAGACAAUUCUCAAGAACUUGACUUCUUGUCAAGUUGAAAAUGCGAGCAAGGAAGAUAUUCUUGCAAAGCUUAAAGAAGCUUUGAAAGAUAAAACGUAUCUUCUUGUACUUGAUGAUGUAUGGAAUGAAGAUACUUCCAAAUGGGAAGAUUUUAUCAAUGCCUUGUUGGGAGUUAGUUCUGUUAAGGGAAAUGCAAUUGUUGUUACCACCAGAAGUAUGAAGGUUACUUCAAUUGUGAAUCCACUUCAUACAUAUGAGUUGAAAGGCUUAUCGGAGGAAGAGUGUUGGUCAAUAAUCAAAGAAAAAACAUUCGGAAAAGAAGAUCUUCCGUCAGAAUUUGAGGCAAUUGGGAGAAAGAUAGCAAUAAGGUGUCAAGGUUUGCCAUUAGCGGCCAACGUAGUUGGGGGAGUGCUGCGCAUUAAAUCUGAGGAAAAAUGGCUUUCAGUCGAGGAGAAAUGGCUUUCAGCCGAUGAAGGAGGAGAUAAUAUCAGAAAAAUAUUGAGACUGAGCUUCGAUAAUUUGUCUUUGCCAUUACUUAAGAAGUGCUUCGCUUACUGUGCGAUGUUUCCUAAAGGCUACCAAAUCAUCAAACAAGAACUGAUUGAGAUGUGGAUGGCAGAAGGUUUUCUUCAAGCUGAUGGUAGGGAUGACAUGGAGUCCGUGGGCGAAAAAUUUAUCAACACUCUUCUACACAACUCUUUACUGCAAGUUUCAUGGAGAGGUUCUUCAAGUUGCGGCAUGCACGAUCUUGUGCACGAUCUCGCUUGUUCUGUUUCGAGUUCGUCUAACAGUACAGGUGGUAGCAGCCGAGUUCGAUACAUAAUUCUCGGAGACGACUAUUGUGGAGACGAAUCAAGUCGUAUCCCAAAAGAAAUGGCAAAGACUUUGCGCACAUUACUAAUAGCAUCCAAAGCUGAUAUGUCUGUCAACUUCUCAGACUUGGUAGCAUCCAAAGGUGAUAUUUCUGAUAUCAACUUCUCAGACUUGGAAAGUUUGCGUGUUUUACAUCUUCACUCUGAAGUUAAAAAGCUGCCAAGUUCGAUUCGGAAGUUGAUACAUUUGAGAGAUUUUGACAUUUCAAAGACAAGAAUUAGAUAUUUGCCGGAUUGGAUUGGUGAAUUCUUUCACUUGCAAACGUUGAGAGUAGACUCAUAUGAGAUGAGAAAUCUGCCAAGUACCAUUAAGUACUUGAUUAACUUGAGGCAUCUUUAUAUUAAUGAGAAUGUAGAGUACUUGCCUAUGGGAAUUGGGAGAUUAACUUCUCUCCAAACGCUAACGCACUUUCCAGUGGGCGACCAGAAUGGCUGCAAGAUUGAAGAGCUUGGAAGUUUGAAUAAUCUUAAAGGAGAGUUACGGAUUCUCAAUCUCAAAACGGUUCAUGACAAGGAAGAGGCUUGGAAAGCGAAUUUAUUCAAAAAGUCAGAACUAUUGAAGUUGCGUUUGGAAUGGGAUAGAUAUGGCAGAAGAGAAGGUGGAACAUAUGAUGAGGAUGUAUUGGAAGGCCUUCAACCUCACUCAGAUCUGAGGGAGUUAGAGAUUUACAAUUACAAAGGCAAAAGAUUUCCAUUAUGGACUGAGAAGAUGUCAGUUCGAGAUGCGCCUCAAGGCUCUUGGGUGCUACUUAACAAGUUGAUGUCGUUAACACUCUCGAACUGCGAUAAAUGUGAAGAGAUCCCAAUGUUGGGGCACUUGCCCAAUCUCAAGUCCCUUUGGUUGUGGGGAUUGAGGAAUUUGAAGUGUAUAAAUUCAUCAUUCUACGGAAUGGUGAACAAGGACACACGCAUUGUUUUUCCAGCUCUCGAGAAGUUCACAUUGGAACACAUGCCUAAGCUGGCAGAGUGGGCAGAAAUAGAAAUUUCGGAUGGAAGUGAAGUGAAGCUAUUUCCUCGCCUCCAACAUUUGGAAAUUUACAUGUGUGAGCAAUUGAUGAGUGUUCCAAGUCAUGUCUCGUCCUGCCUUCAACAUUUGGAAAUUGGUGGGAUCGGUGUGGAAUGUCUGCCAGCUGAUUGGUUAUUGAGUAAUAGCGAGACUCUCUCUUAUGUGAGAAUAGAGGAGUGCCCGAAUUUGAGAGAAAUAUCAGAUAGGUGGUGGGGUUCGUGGGGAGAAGAAGAAUCAGAAGGAAGAAGCUUCACAAUCACAUCCCUCCCUAUAUUCCCUCGUCUAAGAGAAUUGAUAAUUGCACGCCUUCCUAAGUUAAGUUUGGAGACUCUGGAUGCAAUGCGGCGCCUCGAAGUUGAUGGCCACAAUGCGGCGUCUACCAUCCAUGGAUGCAAUGCGGCGCCUCACAACAUUGAGAUUUCUAGAUAUUAAGGAUUGCCCAGAAUUAGUGAUUAAAAGUGAGGCAACUGAUUCUGAAUGCAUGGCCCAAGCUUUCCCAUAUCCCCAGCAUCUACAUUGAUGGCUCCAAAUACGGUGACGAAUAAAGUGAAAGAAGCAAACAGUUGUGUUUGAGGUGCCUCCAAAGAAUUAGGAGGUGAAGGAAGCGUUCUAGUGAAGAAGGAAUAAAGGCGCUAACGAGCUUGCUCGUGGGGAAGAACGACGACAAUGUAGUUGUUGAGUCUGAAGAGAAGGAUGAUGACAAAAAUUCAGACAGCAUUGUUGAAGAUGAAGAUAGAGAAAUAGAGGAUUCAGCAGCUGUGGAAGUUGAAUCCAGUCCCAGCAAAAAGGGAGGUAGCCAGCUUUUUCCAUUUCUUGAUGAAUGAAUGCCUAUUUCUUAUGUUUGAAUAUUGAGGCAUGCUAGCUUGAAUUUGAUGAAAUGGUGUUGGGGGUUGUAUCAGUUAUAUCAAUA